AUGGAUUAAGUGUUUAUCACUCCUAGUCAGAGAAGUCCUAGAGUUUCAAUCGGGCCUUUUGAUGUUAUCAAGUAAAUUUAUCAGAAAGAAAAAAUGCCAUCUUUCAUACAAUCAGAGGAAAGCUUGAUCAACUGUUUAAAUGAAGGACAAUAAAGAUAGACUAUUCCUUAAAGACACCCUUCUAGAACGAAAUUACAACAAACAUAUAUCUCUCGUUCCUCCAUUUUAAAAUUGCACUUGAAACCAAAAUUUUUGAAAUUCAUACAAUAAAAAUAAUUCAUUACAAGAUUUUUAUCGAAUCUCUACUAACGAGCGUAUGUUAAAUAAAGUAAUAAUGAUUAUCUGUAGGAAAAUUACUUAUCUAUGAAUCUUAAAAAUAAAAAUGAUUAGGAAUUAUUGCAGAAGGAUAACAGCUAUGUUAUUUAACCUGGAUCAUUCUUUUUAAUUUUUUGGGAUCUGGUUGGAAUAAGUGUUAUCGCUUUAAGUUUAUGGCUAUGUCCCUUUCUAGCUUGCUUUUUGCAAUAACAUAAAGAGAGAGAAAUGGAUCAAGAGAUUUUCAAAUAUUUAGUUGCCAUAAUCGCAUUGUAUGCAGUGUUUGACUUUAUAAUUAGUUUAAAUCGAGGGUUCAUUUAAAAAGGAGAGGUAAUCUAUGACAGACUGCAAAUUAUUAAAAACUAUUUCUAAUAUACUUUCUUUACAGAGAUAUUAAAUCUGGUUAUGUGGUCACUCUUUUACUUCGAUUAUUAAGUAAAUGAGUUUAUUACUAUAAUUUAAAUGCUCAUCAUUUUUAAGCAAAUCAGAAAGAAGAUUACUAUUUAAUAUGAAUAAUUCUAUUUAAGAGGAGGAUUGAGUUAAAUCUUAGAUUUAAUAAAUGUAAUCUUAAGUGUCUAUUUUGUUGCUCACACAAUGGCAUGUUUUUGGUAUUAUAUGGGGGAACUGACUAGUCAAAAAUUUGGUCACUCUUGGUUGAUUAAGGAACAUCUACUAGAUGAAACCCUUUGGUUAAGGUAUGCCUAUUCUUUGUAUUGGGCAACCAUGACGAUGGCAACAGUUGGGUAUGGAGAUAUCACGGCACAGAAUCAUUACGAGGUUGUAUCUUCAAUUAUAAUGAUGUUCAUUAGUAGUUGCACCUUUGCAUAUUCAAUGAAUUCGAUUGGGUACAUUUUGAAACUAAUUUAUGAUCAAAAAUAACGAUAUAAGUAAUUAUUGGAAUUAAAUCCUAGAAAAUCACUAAUUCUGAUAAACUAGCAUAUGCGGAAUAACAAUAUUGAGCCGGAAUUAUAAAGUAGGAUACGGAAUUAUUUGCAAUUUCAUUAUCAGGAGGAUGUGUUUGGGAGUUAAGAAGAUAUAGAUAAAAUAUAUGCUUAUCUCCCUUCAAGUCUCAAAACUCAACUCACUGUUGAUAUCAAAAUGACAAUAAUGAAAAAAAUUAAACCAUUACAACUGUUUUCAUUGUAAACAUAGCAAUUCAUAGGUUAAGAAAGUGAAUUGUAGACAUUUCUUCCCGGUGAUUUUAUCCAUGACUUUGAUUCUUCGCUCUACUUUUUUCAUUCAGGAACUGCAACAGUCAUGGAAAAAUAAAGCAAUUCAUAAAUAGAAAUACUCAAUGAGGGUGAUACCUUUGGAGAUUACAGUUUUUUUACAGGUUUCAAUGUGAAUGUAAAGGUUAAAGCAAAUACACUUUGCAAAGUAUACAAAAUUGAAAGAUCGAAAUUUUUGGAAAUACUCAAAUUUAAUCAAAGGGAUUUUGAAAAAUUUCAUUAAAUCAAGGAUGAUAUUAUAUUCGACUCAAAUCUCUAAUAAAUAAACUUAAAAUGCAGAUUCUGCCAUCAAUAUCAUCAUAUUAGUUUAAAUUGUCCCAAUAAUUUCUAUAAGCCAGAUAUCGAAAGAAUAAUAAAAUAAGAAUAUUUCAAAUAAUAGUAGAGAAGAGAGAGAAAUAUUAAAAGAUAAUCUCGAAGAUAAUUCAAUACUCUCCUUGCCCAAGAAGAAAUACAAAAUUGUGCUUAAUUAUUUGACGAUAACGAAUCUAUUAAAAUACUAAGUUAAGAAGAUUAAAGAAAUUCGUAUACUUUAUAUGAAUCCAAAUUGGAUCAUAAAAGUUAGAAAAUAUCUUCAUAAAAACAUAUUAUAGAAAAACAAUCUAAUUCAUGCUAGAUUAUCGACGAAGGUUAUAAUACAGAGAAGUAGCAAAUGAUGUUAGAUGAGUUUAAAACUAAAAACUUAAGUGUUACUGCAGAAAUUGACUAAUAUUAUUGUUUUACUGUGUAUAAGUAAAAUAAUAAUAUAGAUAAUAUGGUUAAAGAGUAUGAAAAAUAGUUUAAGAAAUACCCAAAAUAUUUUCAAUAAAAAAUUGACCAUGCAAGUAGGUAUACAUUUUCUUAUUGGGCGAAGUUCAAUUCAGUUAAAAUAAGAUAAAUUCUGGAAAAACCUAUAUGA